AUGGGGAAACUGAGGCCGAGGCCGACACCCCACCGCCGCCCCCAGCUCCGGGGCGGCUCGGGGCAGUCUAGAGACCAGCCUCCUCCCUGGUUGGAGGAGAGGGGCGCGGAGACUGGACUAGCCUCGGGGCUGCAAGGGCAGCGGAAGGGGAGAGUUCGGUGGGGACAGACGGCCAGGCUCGGGGAGGGCGGGGGUGGUCUGCGGGAAGAGAAGGAUAAACGGGUCAGUGCGGCCAGGAAAGAAGGGCUUACAGUGCCCGCUCUUUCUUCCUCAGCUCCAAAUCGGAAAAGGCCCGUGGUUGGUUAG